AUGCUCGAAGAUAUGAGCAACUCGCCUUCAGCUUCUCGUCGGCGAUCCAAACCAUCACAGGAAAACUGGGACGAUGAUUUCGAGUUCACCUUGCCAGCUCGAAAAUCAACCAACACAACUACGACCACAUCUAGCUCAAAACCUUCGAAAGGAAAAGGAAAGGAUGAAAACACACCCAUACCCAGAGCUGAUAGUCCUACAAAGGACUGGGAUGAGAAUUGGGAUGAAUCACCUCCACGUUCCAACCCACCUCAAGCUAGUAUAACGACCAAACAUGAAAGAAAAAAAUCAUCUAUACCGCCUCCCAUCAAUAUCCCUUCUUCAACUAGCUCUCAUCGUGUGAAUCCACCUCGAUUAUCCCCAUCGCAAUCAGUCGGUCUAUCAAUAUCACCUUUACCAACUUCAAUCUCAUCCCCUCAACAACCGCUUCUUCCUUCACGUUCACAUUCGUCUCUCUCGAUGGGUCCCAGUCCAGAUGAUCUGCAACAUCAACAAUCACAGCAUCUACCUAGGUUACGAUCCGGCUCAACUAUGACAUCUACAGUAACGAGGAAUAAGUUGAUCAAACGACAUCCUUCAACUUCUUUCGUUCCUUUACCAAAUUCGCAUUCAUCUUCCAAUUUAGCGCCGGCAUCUGCUCUAUCCAAUCCAUCAGAAGCGAGUUUGAACUCGAUAUCAAUGGUUAAUCGAUCGUCACCCAAUCUACCGCAAAAUUCACCCUCGUUGCCUAGAAGUACCUCAGGCGAGCAGAUGCCUCCCCCGCCUCUACCUCAAGCCAAUGGAGGUAUUUUGGGCAGAUCAAGGAGCAGGUCGAAGAGCAAGGCCAAGACUGGACAAGAGGUUAGAGUCUCGAGCAUACCGUUCAGUCCAAGUAGAGACGAAAUGCAAGAGAAGGGGAAAGAGAAGAGACCAGGAUUUUGGAAAAGGUUAUCUGGUGCUCCAACUACAGGCGAACAAAACGAGGGCACACCUCAGCAUCGUCGUCGUAGGAGUUCACCCGUUGGUGCCAAACAUUUACCCUCUGGUUCACCUCGUCCGCCUGUACCUCCAUUACCUAUGAAUUUCCGUUCACCCUCUGGAGCAUCAAGUACAUCCACCUCGUCUGCCAAGUCUGGUCCUACAUCUGCUUUCUCGGCUCUUUUACGUCGAUCCUCGAGUAGUCUGUCAAAACGAUCAGACAAGUCGAGAGAUACCCCACCUUCGUCAUAUCCUUACUCGUCCUCAAAAAAUGGAAUCAGUUCAAGCAGUGUAAACUCCUUUGUCCAACAGCCUGUCUCGAUACCUUCAAAUAGGAAAGGUGAUGUAACGCCUGAACUGCCAUCCUCAGCAUCCUUCUCAAGAGGAUUUCACUUACCCUCUCCUUCACCUGGAUCGCCCUAUCAUCCCUCCAAAUCUCGUGCAACUUCAGCUGCCCAGCAAUACUUCGAUCUGCCACCCUUACCUCAUUCAACAUCUUUCCCCGGACCGCAGACGCAAGCAAAAAAAGGGAGUGGGACUGGGAGCGACACCGAGUCUGAAGGUGAUAGUAAGAUACCCAAAAGAAGGAAGAAGAUCAGACCUGUAUCUGCUUUACCUGCACCAAGGACAUAUCAAGAUGAUCCCAUACCAGGCUUACCAAUAAGUAGACAAACUUCAAUUGGUGAUAUUCGUUCAACCAAAUCUAGCCAUUCCCCAGCAUCAGCAUUUGCACAAGGUACCACAUCGACUCUGAAAAGACUAGGUUCAUUAUCAAAGAAACACGGUAGAAGACUGUCAGGAGGUUGGAAAUUCGGUACGAACUCUUCUAGCGAUUCGAAUAAAUCCGCUACGAGACCUCUAGAACCUGUGUUGGGAUCGCCAUCGAAACCGUAUAAGAACGAUGACGACUUGCCUUUAUCGCCAAUCUCACCCACUCCGAACCUUGAGACUGAAGAGGAGAUGAGGAAAGCUAUCAGAGCUGGAUCUGUUUCAGCGCCUACAUCGAUGUUCACUCAACCUCGUUCUCAAGCGGACGUCAGUCAUAUACCAUCGGAAGAGACAAAAGCUGCCAAGGAGAAGGAGAAGAAAGACAAACAUCGGAGAAGACAGAGUUGGAAUGAUUUUGUGAUCCCCAGGGAAGUUAUGAUGAAACAGAAGGGGUUGAAGGAAGGUAUAGGAGCGGUCAAGAUGUUUGCAGGUGGAGUUGCUAGCCUCAAAACACUCUUGUCCACCCACGCCGACAUACGUGAUCGUAUACUCUCCUCUGGAUCACAAACAGACGCUGCAAAUUUCGCAUCUCUCGAUUCUGAGUUCGAACAAUGGUUGGAAAUGGCCGUCGUGCUCAUCGAAGUCGGAUCGACAGGAGCAGAUCCAUCCACUCAACCUUCUUUCUCAUCACCACCGCGAUCUAGGAGAGUCACCUUGGCGUCAGACGAAGCGAAAGCUGCCUCUGCGGCAAUGUCAAAAGCUACUUCAGCUCCUGGCGGUCCGACGCCACCUGUCUCCCUGUCCUCAUGGCGGAAAACCAGCUUACCUGAUCCCGAGGAGACGAGUCUCAGUAUGAUUGGCCCCCCUCGAGCGGACUAUCCAGAACAAUGGAGAGCGUCAACUGGGCGACAAGACUUGUCGAAAAGGCAAUUAGAAGUUUUACGAACCAUGUUAAGAACUCCCAUGUCUGCCAAUACGCCCGAUAAAGAUGGUAGUAGACCGGAAAUGGGACCCAGAACGGCCAGUACAUUAUCUGCAAGCUCUACGGUCGGUUACUUGCAAGCUCAGGGUAGUCCAAGUCCGAAUUCGAAGAUCCAAAUUCAACGGGGAUUGACAUUAACACCUGAUUCCGGGUCGAUCUCAUUCCCUUCGCCCGGUGAUUCAGCUCAUAUCCAACCUUCCAAUUCGUUCCCUUCUCCUAUUAGCGCUGCUAGGUUGAACCAUAAUCAGAGGAGUUUGAAAGAUCGAAGAGCAAGUAAAGCCGGACUGGCGGGUUUGAAAGAGUUUUUAAGGUCAUUGAAGAAAGAUAAGAAUACCGUACCUAACACUGCGGCUUCAGGUGGAAUUGGAGGAUUAAGUCCACUGAGGAUCAAAAAUAGAUUUGGAAUAAAGAGCUCUACUUCACCUGCAUCUCCGACUUCACCUCUAUCGCCCAUGUUCAGCCCCAACGGUAAUACCGGUAACAACGAUGUAUUCUGUCCUACUCAACGAUCAUCUUUCUCAGCUCUAGGUGCAGCCUCGGGAAAAAUCCCUCAAACACCUCAAACUGCUCAACCUAUCUUAUCUACUACUAGAUCAAGAGCGGGUACCGAGUCAUCUUUCAACAGAGGAGGAGGUCUAGGGCCGGAACAGAAAAGACCUUCUAUCAGGAAUAUCUUCCGGACGUCUUCAGGCAAUUGGUCCGAAUUAGUCAAGAAUGAUCCUAACCUAUCGCCUGCGCCAAAUUCCAACACUUCAUCGCCUAGUGGUAGUGGUAGUGGGUUAAGUAAGAAGCUAUCCGCUCAAAGAUUAGGUUUCUCAUCUUCGAAAUCGAUCAGUAAAAUCAGUGUAUCCGACCCUAUACCUUCUAAAAUCCCUUUAUCUCAAUCGGUUUCAUCGAGAACGUUAAAUGCCAGUGCAAGUACUCUUUCGGCAGAAAACAAAGAUAAAGAUCAAGAAGGAGAGAUGACCUUGAGACCUACUGCUAAAAAGAGAGUACCAGGUUUAGGAUUAGGGUUAGGUUGGCCUGAAACUUCCACUUCUACCUCCACCGGAAUUGGAAGUCCAAUCAAGAUUAGCAAUGGAAGUGGAAGUUCAAAUAGUGUGAUAGGAGAGAUGGGAACGGUAUAUGAAAGCCCUCAUAAGUUCGAUCGUGACCAUGCAAACGAACAGACAUUGAAACAGCAUCGAAGUGUUAUACCUACUUCACCGAAUAAAAUUAGAUUUCCAUCAAGUAGAACUUUCACUUCGAUCUCAACUUCAACUUCAACUUUUGGCGAUGGUCUUUCAAGUAGAAUACCUUCGAAUGAUGUUUCCGUUACCAAUUUCAAUAUACGAUCAAGUGAAGAUUCCACUUCGACCAUUGAUCAUGAUUUGACUAUAGCCCUUACACCCGAAAAUUUACCUACUUUGUUGGAAUAUCUUGGGCAGUGCGAGAGGAUGUUGGGGUUAUGGAAAGAGAGGAUUGAGGAGGUUAUCGAUAUUGACUAA